AUGCCUACUGAAAAAACAGUAGUUCUUGUUGAUGGCGAAGCUCGACCGCGUUUGAUUCCAUCGACACGUUUUACGUUGGCACUACUUGUGUUUUUUGCAUUUAUUGUUCAAUAUUCUCAACGGGUGAAUCUACCAAUAGGUAUUGUUUGUAUGAUUGAUCGUCCGGAAAAAAUUAAUAGCAAUUUAACAUUGAAUGCAAAAACAGAACUCAUAAAUGUUAAACUCGCAGCAAGUGCACAGUCGGCUAUAAUAAAACGAGGUUUUUUGCAAGAGAAAAAAUUUCUUUGGUCCGAAUUACAACAGCAACUUCUUCUAGGUGGAUAUUGGGCUGGUUAUAUUUUCACGCAAAUACCAGGUGGAUGGCUGGCAACCAUUCUUGGUGUAAAAUGGGUUUUUGCAGGUUCUCUCGGAGUUAGUUCAUUGGCUACAUUAGCUUUAACAGUUAUGUAUGUGAUGGAAAAUACACAUUUUAUUACGCUAUUCGUUCUUCGAGUCAUUAUCGGUCUCGCCCAUGGUGUACUUUUUCCAGCAACAGUUGCUCUUUGGUCCUUGUGGGCUGUGCCACAAGAACGAAGUACGCUUGCAUCCGUUGGAUUUGGUGGUACACAUCUUGGCACAUCUUUCACAAUGCUUAUUGGUGGAUUACUAUGUCGUUAUUUAGAUGCAGGAUGGAUGUAUCUAUUUAUUGGAUCGAGUCUUAUUGGUUUUAUAUGGCUUGUAUUAUGGAUUCUAUUCACAGCAAGUUCACCACAACUUCAUAAAACAAUUAGUAAUCACGAACGAGAUUACAUAGUUGGUUUAACAGGUAGCACUGGAAAGAAACGUACAAUGUCAUUAGCAUCUAUACCAUGGAAACGAAUUGUAAAAUCAAAGCCAGUGGUUGCCUUAAUUCUAACACAUAUUGCAAAUUUGUUCGGCUUAUUUUUCUUUUUAACAAAUCUCGGUAAAAUUUCAACUCAACUUUUACAAUUCUCAGCACAACACACUGGCUACAUAUUAUGUUUCGGAUUCUUUUUGACAUAUUUAAGUAGUUUAUUCGCAGGUCUUGUAACGGAUCAUUUUGUUCAAACGAAUAAAAUAACAUUAACGAAUGCACGAAGAUUCUUUAAUUCUCUUGCAUCAUUUAUACCUGUUUUAUGCAUGGCAUCAUUUUAUUUUUGUGAUGAAACACAAAAAACACUAGGUGUUAUUACAAUUCUCGUAUUUCUUGCUAGUUCUGGCCUUCCUUAUGGUAGCGGUUAUGUAGUCAAUUUUGCGGAUGUUGUUCCAGCAUUUUCAGGUGUUAUAUUUGGUCUUGCAAAUACGUUUGCAUCGUUGGCUGGUUUAACUGGAAAUAUUGUUGCAGGAAUAAUUGUUAAGCAACCAGUUUUAGCACAAUGGAGAAAAUUAUAUAUUAUGUUUAGCGUUGUUUAUUUAUUUGGUGGUAUUGUUUAUCUUAUAUACGGUUCGGGUGUAGCAAGAAAAUGGGCAACAUUUCAAGCUGUCGACAACGAUGAUAACCAAAAAAAGAAAUUAUACGAUGAAGAAGCAGUUCCUAUGAACGAAAAAAUAUGA